GAGGGUGGGCAAGCGCCCAGCUAUCUGCACACGACACCCUUUGGUUAUUCUUGUAUACUUUUAAGCUACUAGGAUCACUAUUGAAUAAGAAAUAACGGAAAAUAGUGUAAAAACUACCACACGUGAGAAGACUUCGGUCCCUGACGUCACAUCUGUGUAAACCGUUACAUGUCUUCCGAAAGCAGCGCGAAAUAUGAAAUCCGUUAGUCAUGGCGAUAAAUUCUCCACCCUCUUCCGCCGAAUUGGCGAAUCCAGGACGGGCUCAGUGGGAAGAUAACACAGGAAAGACGUGCGUCUCUGUGUUGAAGGUGGCAGUUGUCUGGUGUAACUAGUCCGUUGUGAUCUCAGUUUAGCCUGACCCUUCUGACUCUAAUCUGAUCGUCGCUGACCAUGUCUGAAGAUUACACCAUUACCGAAGUUCGCAAGACGAAGAAAACAAAAAAGAAAACCAAAAUUUCUUAUGAUGUGGACACGGACGAGAGGGCUGCUGAUGGGCCUCAGUUUCAAGAUGAAUCAAGGAAUGAGCUGGUUUACACGGACGAAUUCUCGAAAACCACGCCCAGGGAUAUCUUCACUGGCCAUUUCUGCUGCUGGCAGUGCGAUGAUUCUUUGACUGGCCAACGUUACGUUCUUAGAGAUGACCAUCCCUACUGUGUACGCUGCUAUGAACAAGUUUUCGCCAACACUUGUGAGGAUUGUAACAAGAUUAUCGGGAUAGAUUCAAAGGACCUGUCGUACAAAGAUAAACACUGGCAUGAAGCUUGCUUCCUCUGCAACAAGUGUCGGGUAUCACUUGUGGAUAAACCCUUUGGCUCCAGGGCUGAAAAAGUUUACUGUUCUAGCUGUUACGAUGCUGCUUUCGCCACCAGGUGCGAUGGGUGUGGUGACGUCUUCAGAGCAGGAACGAAGAAAAUGGAGUAUAAGGGUCGUCAAUGGCACGAGAAGUGCUUCUGUUGUGUCGUGUGUCAAAACUCUAUUGGAACCAAAAGUUUUAUUCCUCGGGAGAGCGACAUCUAUUGCACAGUUUGCUAUGAGGAGAAGUUCGCUACUCGUUGUAUCAAGUGCAAUCAGAUCAUUACUAGCGGUGGGGUGACUUACAGGAAUGACCCCUGGCAUCGAGAGUGCUUCAGUUGUACAAACUGCAACACGUGUCUCGCGGGACAACGUUUUACCUCACGUGAUGACAACCCCUAUUGCGCUGAAUGUUUUGGGGAGCUUUUUGCUAAGAGAUGUGUUUCCUGCAACAGACCUAUCACAGGGAUUGGUGGAACCCGAUUCAUCUCGUUCGAAGACCGCAACUGGCACAAUGAGUGCUUUAUUUGUGCCAUGUGCAACAAUUCCCUGGUGGGCAAAGGCUUCAUCACUGACGGCCCCGAUAUCCUGUGCCCAGAAUGCGCCAAGCAAAAGUUGAUGUGAAGAGGGACAUCUAAUGAGGAAACAACGAACGAUGCAUCAGUUUUUAGAGAUGUAGUAAACAACGCUUAACCCUUGUUAUCGAACAAACAACCCAGAUGAGUUCAUGCCAGUCAACUUAAAAAUUAUCUACACUUUUCAACGCUUAACCCUUGUUAUCGAACAAACAACCCAGAUGAGUUCAUGCCAGUCAACUUAAAAAAUUAUCUACACUUUUCAACGCUUAACCCUUGUUAUCGAACAAACAACCCAGAUGAGUUCAUGCCAGUCAACUUAAAAAUUAUCUACACUUUUCAUGUUAAUUAUAUGAUUUCAUUUACCCUGCUUUAUAGUUUAAGCCUUUACCACUGCCAGAUUAAUUUUAAACCUUAACUACAAAAAAGCAACAGGUUGUGACCAUUGCUUAGCUCGUGAUGUGGAGGGAUUUUUUUAGGUGGGUGAUCUUCUCAUUUUUAGAAGAAUUAAUACAUUUAUUACUAUAAAUGAAAGUUUCUUAUUAGCAGAUUGUUAAAUUACUCUACAAGAGUAUUAAAACUUUUAAUUACUAGUCGAGCAUAUGUGUUUGAAAGAAUACACUCGAUAAUCUGCGGGAAACACCCUCCAUUCCCCCCAACCCACCACUCAGCAUUCCAUAAUUCGAGUGUAUAGUGGUACAUGGUUUGCUGAGUGACCAAUAGGCUCCCGUUUUUGUUAUUGUAUACUUAUUAUUGUGCUUAAUACAGCUUCGUGCUCUCUACGAUGUUUGUCACCCGUUUAACGUAAUAUUGAGUCUUUUAGUUUGGGGUUUUAACCAAGAAUCCCAAUGCUUGCUUUAUACGAAACUUGUUUUGCUUGAAACAGUGUUGACCUUGAAUAAAACAGGGUGUUUGUGUCA